AUGGCCAUUGAAGUCACCUAUCUUACAGAAGAGGAUAUACCAGGGGCAGUCAAGGCAGUCCAAGAUGCAUUUGCAAACGAUCCUUACAAUCAGUGGGUCUAUGAUCAGGCAAAGUUCAACCCACGGCGCAACUCAGUCUCCCUCGCAAUACGAAUGAGAUGGGGUAUGCGAAACGGUAUUUUCCACGUUGCCAAGGAGAAAGGCAGCGAUAAAGUGUUGGGUGUGGCAAUGUGGCUACGCCCUCGAUUGCCAGACUCACCUCCCACCUGGAAUGAUUGGCUCGAAGACUGGAGACUAUGGGCAUCCCAGGUAGGUAUGAAUAUGUUUUAUGGCCGUGGCGGAUUGAAUGUCAAGCGCUACUACAUCUGGAAAGAUGCACAGGCAAAGGCACAAUCGGAAAUCUGGACUGACCCAAGAGGUUAUUACUUUCUUAACAUUAUGGUGGUUCUGCCAGAAGCACAGGGUAAAGGACUUGGCGCCAAAAUGAUGAAAGCGGUCACAGACGAGGCCGAUGCUCAAGAUAUGUAUUGCUAUCUCGAGUCAAGCCGUGAUGUUCCCAAUAUUGUUAUCUAUGAGCGGCUGGGAUUCGAUUUUGUUAAGGACAUGAAAUGCGAUGAUGAGGGCGAUUUUAUUAGACUAUUUACGAUGAUUCGCGAGCCUCAAGGAAAGUCUUGA